AUGGCUCAAGGAAUAUUUAUCAUACAAACUGUUCUAUUAAUUGUCGCGAUAUUUAACGCUUCAGGAGCUGAUCUGGGAUGGAAUGACCGUGGAACGAAUUUAACAUAUGUUGGCGACAAAGAGAUUGCUAAUACCGUUCUAACAUCAAUACAAGAUGGAAUUUUACAUCAUUUUAUUGUAACUAAAUAUAAAAAUAAGAAUAACAAUAAAAUGAUACUUGAAAAAGAAGUGUACACGGUACAUAAUCCCGAAGGUGAUCAUGUGCAGAACAUCACCAAAUAUUACGAUAGUACGGGUACAAAAGUAGUUUCUGAAGAUCGUGAAAUCACUUUCUUUAGGGACACCACAAAAAUCAUUGAUAUAUCUACGACGACAACCGAAGCCGAUGGUUCUAAAACAGAAGUAUACGCAAAAUAUGAAUUCCCGAAAGGACUUCCACUUGUCAAUAAAACAGGUACCUAUGAAUAUAAAUAUGGACCAGAUAAUAAACUCAUUAAAACCAUUCAUAAUGCUAUAAAAACUCAGGGUAGGUUGAAUGAAAAGACUUAUGAAGUUACAAUUGUAAACGACGACGGAAGCAAAACUCAAAUAGGUAAUGUUACAAUCUUAGAAGGUGAUAAAACAAUUACGGAUGUCAAAGUAAGCAAUUUAGAUUCUAAAGACGAAGAACUAAUAAGCUUUUGGACGUAUACAAUUGAUAAUAAAAGUGACAACACCAAAGCUGUUCAAACGACUAAUACAACCAAAAAUUCAGACGGAUCUAUAACAACUGAUCUCAAGAUUUGGAGAACAUAUGCAAAUGGUACAAGGACUCGGGAACAGGUAACUACAACAAAGUUGAAUGGUGAACUCACAAGUGCUGAUUACUAUCCUCUAGAAAUAGAAGUAGAGGGAGUAAAUCCCGAAACAAAGACACCAGAUUCAAAAAUAACAGUAGUACCUCCGGGAUAUAGACCCAAAGAUCAUGAACGGAACACCACCAAAUAUUACGAUAGUACGGGUACAAGAGUAGCUUAUGAAAUUAGUGAAAGCAGCUUCUUUUACGGCACUACAAAAGUCACUGAAUUAAGUAAAACGGUGAUGGAACUCGAUGGUUCUAAAACUGAAAUAUAUGCUAUAACUGAAUUCCCUCCAGAACUUCCACCUAUCAGAAUCAUAGGUACUUAUAAGUAUGCACCGAGUAAUAAACUCACUAAAAGCAUUCGUAAUAUUAAGACACUAAACAAUGGGUCAGAGGAAGAUACUGAUGAAGUUAUAGUUUUGAAUAGCAACGGUAGCAAAACUAAAAGAACUACAAUUAGAAGCUCGAAAGAUGGGUUUAUAAUUAAAGACGUUACUGUGGUGGAAUUAGAUAUUGAAGACAAAGAAAUUUCCAGCAAUCGCACUUAUGUAAAGUAUAAUAGAAAUGACAAUACCAAAGUUGUUGAACCGACUAAUUAG